GUGCCAGCGCAAUGUCAGGCAACAACAAAGAGCGCAACUCCCGCGUGAGCGUGAGCAAUGAGAACAAUGUGCUCUUAGACCCUGAUGUGCUCACCGAGUACACGACGCAGAUCCUGGUGCUCACUGUCAUGGCGACAUUAGUGAAGUACACGAACGAUGAGAACGAGAUGCGUGUACUCUACGAAUAUCUGGCCGAGGCUUCGGUUGUCUUCCCGCGCGUCUUCUCCGUAAUACACUCGCUGCUGGACGCCAAGAUAACGAACGUGCUGUCGCUGUGCCACGAUCCUGUCAUCCUGAACGCGGUGCAGGCGAUCAUCCUGAACCUGGUGGCCUGCGAGGACCAACACGCGGCGCACCAGGCCCUCUACCACCUGCAGGGGUGCGGCUUCGGGGGACUCUGGCGCUUUGCUGGCCCUUUUACCAAGAGUAACUGCAGCGCUCAGAACGCAGAGCUGUUCGUGAACUGCCUGGAGGCGAUGGUGGAGACAUGCCUACCUGGAGAUGAUGGCCUGGAGCAGGAGUUGGCCCAGUAUCCCUCCAUGCUGUCCGUGGCCUCAGCUAACCUGUCCUCCUCCAUGUCCUCACUCACCCUGGCCUCGCCAACUGAGAAAGAUGGCAGCUUGCGCUUGUGACGUCAUAACCGCGCCACAGCAAUCCUGCUCUGAAGUGAGUAACUUGUAGCAUG